AUGCUCCGGCUGCGCGGCGCGAAGCCGAAGUUUGGCGAAGCCCGGUGUGAUAAGGCGGGACCAAGGAGGGCUGAAGGGCAGCCGCUGGGAGGGGAGGAAGGGGAGGAAGGGGAGGGGGCGGAGGUAAAGUUUAAUGAAAAGUUGGAGAAGUUGUUUGAGCUGGUGGCGUGUGUUGCAGUGUCGCCGCUGUCGGUGCGUCUGGUGGGCGCCAACCGGCCGCUGACGGCGCGCGUGGCCCACGAGGUGCAGUGCCAGGCCGUGGGCGGGCGGCCACCGCCGCACCUGGCCUGGCGCAAGGCCGGCCUCCCGCUCAUGGGCGCCAGGCAGUCGACGAGCGGCGACGGCAACGUGACGACGAGCGUGCUGACGUGGACGCCGUCGGCCGACGACCAGGCGCAGGAGCUGGAGUGCGUCGCCAACGCCAGCCGCCGCCUCAGCGCCGCCCUGCGCGACGCCUGGCUGCUCGAGGUCCGCUAUCCACCGGAAGUGUCCCUGGACCUCGGCGCCAACCUCAACGCCUCCUUCAUUCGUGAGGGCGACGACGUGUACUUCGACUGCAGCGUCCGCGCGAACCCCUGGAUCCACAAGGUCGUCUGGAAACACAAGGUAAGAUGGCCUCUGCACAGCAACGCGAGCGUGGGCGUCAUCCUGAGCAACCAGACGCUGGUGCUGCAGUCGGUGCGCAACCACUCCUCUGGACUCUACGCGUGCAUCGCCAGCAACGCGGAGGGCGAGGGCGAGAGCGAACCCUUCCAUCUAAAUGUAAAACGCGCCGGUGUGCCGUCCGCACCAGCAGCGCGUGUACGGCGCGGCGCGCCUGGAGACGCUGCAGGUGUCGUGCGAGGUGGACGCCAACCCGCCCGCCGCCGCUCUUCCGCUGGGUCCUUCAACAGCUCCGCCGUGGCGCCGCGCGAGGUGACGGCCGUGGCGUCGGCGGCGGCGGCGGCCGCUCCCUCGCCGCCUACACGCCGCGCGCCGAGGCGCGACUACGGCACCCUGCUGUGCUGGGGCCGCAACGCGCUGGGCGCCCAGGCGCAGCCCUGCGUCUUCCACGUGGUGCCCGCGGGCCGGCCCGAGGCCCGCGCGGCUUGCGCGCUGCGCAACCGCACGUGGAGCGCGCUGCAGGUGGCGUGCGCGCGGCGCGGCUUCGACGGCGGCCGCCGCAGCCGCUUCAGCGCUCGAGGUGUUCGCUGCAGGCGCGGCAGGCGCAGCGGGCAGGCGCCUCGUCGCCAACGUCACGGCGCGCUCGGCCCGAAGUUCACGGUGGCGGGGCUGGAGCCGGGCGCCGCCUAC